AUGGCUACACUUAAGAGAAAAAAUGAAGAGGCUAUUGCCGAUGAAGAUAAUGCUAAAGUCAUUAAGAUUGAUGAGGAAGUUUUAAACGUAGAGAAGGAGAACACCGAAGAGGUUACUGAGGAAGUAACCGAAGUGGAGGAAGAGUCUGUUGAGGAUGCAGAAGAAAGCCAUGGUACUGAGGAGAAUGUUGAAGAGGAAGUUGAUGAGGAUUCUCAACCUUCUGUUGAAAAUGUCUGUGAUGAGGAUGUUUCGACAGAGGGUGAUGCUAGCGCCUCUGCACCAGAGGGAGCUUCUGUUGUUGUAGGUGUCACCGAGACUGACGACUCUUCAUCUGUUUCUGAUGGUGAAAGCCCAAGUCUUCCCACUCCUGAAGUCGGCGAGGAAGUUGCUGAAGAGGCACCUCUUGAAAGUGAAGCAGUCUCUAAUGUUGAGGAAUCUUCUGUUGUUGAGCCAGUUUCAUAG